AUGGCAGCAGGCCCCGGCGCGACCACGACCACGGCUACGGCCGCGGGCGCGGGCGCGGGAGCCGCCGGGGACGAAGGUGAACAUGUCAAACCUUUUACACCAGAGAAAGCAAAAGAAAUUAUCAUGUCUUUACAACAGCCCGCAGUCUUCUGUAACAUGGUUUGUGAUUGGCCAGCACGACACUGGAAUGCUAAACGCCUUUCCGAGGUCCUUGGUGGAAAGCCAAUAAGAUUCAGAAUGGGAAUGAAAACCACAGAUCCAGCUCCUCAGUUUGAAACUACGUGCAGUUACGUGGAAGCCACGCUCGAAGAGUUUCUGAGCUGGAACUGUGAGCAGUCUGGUGGUUCUGGUCCAUUUCGAGAUUAUGAUCAUUCCCAAUUCUGGGCUUAUGCUGACUAUAAAUAUUUUGUCAGUCUAUUUGAAAACAAGACAGAUGUCUUCCAGGAUGUGAUGUGGGCUGACUUUGGGUUUCCUGGAAGAACUGGACGGGAAAGCACAUUGUGGAUUGGCUCCCUGGGGGCUCACACACCCUGUCAUCUGGACUCCUAUGGGUGUAACUUAGUUCUUCAAGUACAAGGAAGGAAGCGGUGGCACCUCUUUCCCCCUGAAGACACUCCCUUCCUUUACCCCACGAGAAUCCCUUACGAAGAGUCCAGUGUGUUCAGCAAGGUCGCUGUGGUCCAUCCCGACCUGACACGUUUCCCGCGCUUCCGGGAAGCUCGGAGACACACGGUGACACUGGGCCCAGGACAGGUGCUGUUUGUCCCCCGACACUGGUGGCACUAUGUGGAAUCCAUUGACCCUGUCACUGUCAGUAUAAACUCAUGGAUUGAACUGGAAGAGGACCACCAAGCCCGGGUCGAAGAGGCCAUCACACGGGUGCUUGUCUGCGCGCUGAAAACCGCGGAGGAUCCUGACAACACCAAAACCUGGUUGAACCCCACGGAGGUUGAGGACAUAUCCCAUGAAAUCAACUGUCGCUACUUAAAUGGAGCCGUUUCGGCCCUCUUUGAUCAUUACAGAACAUCCGAGGGAGAUGCAGCGCAGGCAUCAGCAACAAAUGGAGACUGCGCCAACAGAGGAACGUUGGAUGUGCAGCCCUCCGUGGACGUGGGACAGCCACCCAGCCAGCACUUACCCGUGGGAGCUGCAGAGCAGAGCACAGCAAGUCUGUUUGGGCCCAAUCUGGUUCCUGUAACACCAAGUGCUGAAGAGCCAUCCAGGGCAAGAGGAGACAUGUUUGAAAUGGACAGGAAAGACUUUGUCCCCAGAGAUGGCGACUACUCAGGGCAAUCACAGGGUACCAAGCGGCAGCGGACCAUGUGUACAGACCAGCAUGCGAUUGCGGAACAGGCUGCUUCAAAUCGCCCUGCGGCCCCUUCAUCGAUCAUUUCCACAGACGACUUGCUGGACUGCCUGGUGAACCCACAGGUAACCAGGCUAGUGGCUCAACUUUUGAUACAAGGAAGAACUUUGUGAUUCAAAUAGAAGAUAAGGUUGUUAAAUACUUUAACAUAGUAUAAUUCUUAAAUAAAUGAUAUCCGUUCCCAAA